AUGAGCUCCUUUGAGAAGUCCGUCAAGGGGGCGACCAAGAUCAAGAAUGCUCCCCCCAAGACCAAGUAUAUCGAGCACAUCCUCGUUGGUACUCACUCCGGCGAGGCUGGCAUCGCCGAGGUCCUUCGCGCGCUCCAGAACCGACUGCACGACUCAACAUGGACCGUCGUCUUCAAGAGCUUGAUGACGGUCCAUCUCAUGAUCCGCGAGGGUUCCCCAGAGGCGACGCUGGCGUAUCUUGCCCGACAUCGAAACAUGCUGGCCAUUAGCAACUUCGCAGACGCUCAAACCCAAGGCCGAAACAUCCGCCACUAUGCCAAUUACCUCAUCGAGCGAGUGCGCGCAUAUCGCGAUACAAAGACUGAUUGGGUGCGCGCCCCGGAAUCAAGGCUGGAGAGACUCACUGUUGAGAAGGGCUUGUUGCGAGAGACGGAAGUCGUUCAGCAUCAGCUUACGGCCUUGCUGAAAUGCGAUCUCCUCGACCAAGAACCAGAGACCGAGAUCACGAUUGCCGUAUUUCGAUUACUAGUCCUCGAUCUUCUACCUUUGUUCCAGGUCUUGAACCAAGGACUUAUCAACAUUCUUGGUCAUUUCUUUGAAAUGUCAAAGCCGGACGCCGACAGAGCGAUGGAAAUCUAUCGGACUUUCACCAAGCACACAGACUACGUCGUCCAGUACCUCAGCACUGCCAAGCAGUGGCAGCAUCAUACCAGGGUUGAGGUUCCCAAGCUCAAGCAUGCGCCCGUUAACUUGGGUCGCCAGCUUGAGGAAUAUCUCAACGACCCGGAUUUCGAGAUCCAUCGGCGGCAGUACCUGGCAGAACAGGAGGCAAAGAAGGGCAGCAAGGGAUCCAAGUCCAAGGCCACGAAGAGCGGAAUCGACUUCCCCAAGGCGCCCUCCCCUGCGGCCAACAACCCGUUCCCGCUCCCCAGCAGCGGAAAUGCGACUGCCAAGGUCGAAUCGAAGCCUCAAGCUAACAAGGGACCGGACCCCGACCUCAUCGACUUCUUCGACUCGAUCGAGCAAAACCAGAUACCGAUGCAAGUCACCGCCCAGCAGCCUCCUAUGCAAGUGCCCAUUCAAGCUCAGGGGCAGGAUUUGGCUUUCCAGACACAGCCCGUGGGGUUGGGCUUCCAGCAGGGCAAUUUUGUCCAGCAACAAGGCUUUGUCCAGGGCAAUGGAUUUCCACAGCAGGACAAUGGAUUUAUUCAGCCCCCCGCACAACUGCAGCCAACCAUCACCGGCUUCAGCGGCUUUGGGCCACAACUGGGCUCUAUCCCUCAGAACACUGUUGCCAAUUUCCAGACCCCUAUCCAGCAGCAACAACCACCCGUUGGUCUCCAGCCCACAGGUCUUCAACCCGUUGGCCUCCAACCCACUGGCCUCCAGCCAUCACUUGCCGCUCCGGGCAUGACCAAUCCUUUCCGCCAGUCCAUGCUGGUGGCGCAGCCGACAUCCUCGUCAUCUCAGCUGUCAACACCGACGUCGAGUACGCCUACCCUCAACCGCCAAUCAACCAAUCCCUUCGCCAGGUCGACAAACUCUCCAGGCCAGAACACGAGCCCUUUCCAAGCCCAGCCCGUACAGCCCCAGCCCACGAGCACCAACCCUUUCGCUCGCAACGUUCCCACCGAGGCUCCGGCGCAGCAGCAGCAGCAGCAACAGCUCCAGGAUCAGCAGCAGCAGCAAUCUUCGGGGCUUGCUCCACAGCCGACGGGUGUUACGAAUCCGUUCCGCCAAGGCGCCUUUGUCAACCACGCCACCGGUAUGGGCUGGCAGCAUAAUCAGACUCCGAUUGGUGGCGGUAUUGAUCACAUCCAAACUGUGCCGGUCUUCCCUCGCCCGGCACAGCAGACGCCCUGGCAACAAUAA